CAUCAAUCAAUUUAAAAAUAAAAUUUAUUUUUGAAGUGAAACUUCUUUAAGCGCUUGAGGGUUAACUUAUAACUAUAUUAGCGUCACGAAGAUGUGCAAAGUUUUUGUCGAAAUAAAGAGAGAGAGUGAGUAAUGGGGAACGUAGCAUGAAGCAAAUACCCAUGUAGCGAAUGUAGGGAAAAAGCAAGUAAGGAAGAUCGUCAAAGAGAGUGAGAUAAAGCGAACGUCAUUACGCACAGUGCCAUGGAGCGAGAGGUGGGAGAGAGCUAUAGUGACUAGUGAGAAAGAUUGAGAGAGUGAGGAAGGGAGAUCGAGAAAAAAUACACACUAUUCCUUGAUGUAUUCGUUUAGUAGUUACGUAUAAGAACUUUAGACUAUUGGGGUUUUACCUUAGUUUUAUCUUUACAAAGUUUCUUUCUGACUAAACAAAAUUUCUUGAAUCUGUAAUACAAUAGAAGCCAUUAUUAAUGUAUGUCAUAGGUAACUAGGUCUGAGGUCAUUUGCCAACUGUUAGUCAUUUGUUUAUCCCUCCGUAUUAAUCUGUACCCUGCGUUCAUUUGUAUUUUGUAUUGACAAUUGACAUCUCUGUGGAUUGAGGAUUCGGGAAUUAUUAGAGUUUGGCGAUUUGGCUCUAUAAUGAGUUAGUGACGAUUCUGCGCUAAAUAAUAAAUAUGAAUUAGUUAAUACUUGACGUACUAUGAUUUGUACAAUAUUUACCUUAUUAGUUCUAUAUUUGUAGAUUAUUACUAUAUUUUAAACCUGCCUUGAUAUUGAAUUGAUCAGUUAUUACUAUUAACUUGGAACUUAUAAUCUUAACUAGAACAUAAUAUUAUGGUCAACGGUGUUACUUUGUUUUUAUCAUUGGUUGAAAAUUAAAUCGUAAAUUGUUUUAUUACUUUAAAUGUUGAAUUCAUAAAUAAAGAAAUUGUUUAUACCACAAAAUGAAUCAUCGUAAAACAGAUUUUGUUACAAGAUUUCGUUUAUUAAAUUCUCAAGAUAAUUCUGAAGAAAUUGUGUGGUCAUGCAGUAGUUCCAGUGAUAAUGAGAAUGAUGGUGGUAAAAUGAAUAGUAUCCAAGACCGAAAACAUUCUAAGACAAGGAAAAGGAAAGCAAGCAAAAUGAUGUUUACCAAUGACAUUUGCAAUUUACAUUUAACAAUAUCAGAUACCUCCCAAGAAAGUCAAGGAAAUUAUAACACCUCACCCAUUCUUAAACCAAGACAGUCAAAAUCAAUAUCAAACUUUAAGAGGAACCACUCGCCACCCUUAUAUUCUAAAAUUAAGGGAUCUUCAUCGCCUAUUUUACAACCAAUAACUGAUGAACGAAGAUCUAAAAGUCCUGUAUUAGUCUCAAAAUUAAAAGAAAACACUUCAGAAGUAUGUAAAAAGUUAUUUAAUUCAAAUGUUACAAAUCAGUGUAGCGUUAAGAAACGAUGCAUUUCACCUAUAGUAUGUAAAAGAAAUAGUGAAGGCCCUACCUUGAUUUCGACUAAAUUUGUUUAUAAAUCUGACAACAAUCAAAAUAAAACAGCAUUAGUAGAAAAAAUUAAAUCAUAUUUUCAGAGGAGUUUAAGUACAGAAUCUCUGUCACAAAAUUCAAUCAGUGAAUGUUCGACACCUAAAAAUAGUUCAAAAACCAGCGAUGAGGUAGAAAUAAUAGAUUUUACACAAGGCUUGCCAAUGCCUGUAAAACAUGAAGGUUUCUUACUUACAACACACUCUGCAGAGAAAAAUAAAAAAGUCAAAUACAAAAAGGACGGCUUAGCAUAUCGCUUAGAAAAUUUAUUAAAAAAACAAAAUGCCAAUAUUUCUCUGUGGCAGCAUGAACAAUAUCUUGCUAAUAAUUCAAACUUUAUCAUGCCGAAGGGAGUAUGUGCAGUUUUCAGAAUUAAAAAAGUUAAUUUCAAAUUUGGAUGUUUUUUACUACUAGCAAUAAAUGACAAGGACGAAGUCUUCAUUAUUUUAAUUAAUACAUUAUAUGUGAAAGAAAAAAUUGAUAGUGAUGUAAUUUUAAAAAUAUAUGAGCCUUACAAAGUGUUAGAUUUUAAUGACAAAUGUAAAUUAAUUGUUAAUGUAUGUAAAUAUGUUUGUGAAUCAUUUAUCUUGUGAAUUCAUUCUAAAAUAAAAUUUAA